AUGAAGGUCUGGUUCGUUACUGGAGCUUCUCGCGGGUUGGGCCAUUCUCUUGUCGAGGCCAUACUCGAAAAUGGCGACUCAGUUGUCGCGACUGCAAGAGAUCCGCAACAACUCAGUCAUUUCGAGAAAACGUACGAAAAAGCACAUGUUUUGCUGGCAGGCUUGGAUGUCACAAAUUCAAGCAAUGCUCUCGAGGUUGUACAGCAAGCUUACGACAAAUUUGGCCGAAUCGACGUUGUUGUUAAUAAUGCUGGUUACGCGGACUGCGCUUCUAUCGAAGACAUGACCCUAGAAUCAUUCCGAGCGCAGAUAGAGACGAACUUCUUUGGAGUUGUCAAUGUCACCAAAGCUGUGCUACCACUCUUGCGGGAGCAAGGUUUCGGUCACAUCCUCCAAGUAUCUUCAGUAGGGGGGAGACUUGGAUCACCUGGGCUUGGAGCUUACCAGAGCGCCAAAUGGGCUGUUGGAGGAUUCUCGACAGUCUUAUCGAACGAGGUUGCACCACUCGGUAUCAAAGUCACAGUCCUUGAGCCAGGUGGAAUCAAGACAGAUUGGGCGGGCUCGUCGAUGGGCCAUGGGCAUAUCAGCGAGGCCUAUGAGAAGACGGUCGGAGUCAUGAAAGAAGCAAGGGAACGAGCUUUCGACGACUGGUCUGAACCGUCAUCCAUUGCCAGGGCUAUCAUGCACAUUGCUGAAGUUGAACAGCCGCCGUUACGUGUGCUACUGGGGCCAGACACGAUUCAACAUGCCGCAGCAGCCGCUGAGGCGCUGACGGCUUCAGAUAAGAAGUGGGAACAUGUUACAAGGCUGUCAUUCUGA